AUGUUACUUUACACGAAAGUGUUAUUCCUGACGCUGAAAACUUUUCCAACACUGUAUAUAAGAAAUGAUGAGAUCUUACUUGAUACUUAUCAUAUGUACUAUAUUCCCAUGUGUAUAUUUUAUACUUUAAUACACCGGAUCAAUAUCAACUUAUUAAGAAUAUCCUUGGAAAUAAAUAAAGAAUCUAUUACUAUGAACGAUUCGGUAGAAAAACCACAACAUAAUUCUCUACAAUACUUAUUUUACAUUACAUAUAGAAAUCUCUACAGAGAAAAAUUUAAUACAAUUAUGUCGCCAAAUAAAAUUGAUCAAAAUUCACAAUAG